UACCCGCGACAAUCCCAGGGGAUGGAAAAAGAAGUGAGUCGAGUUCCAGUGUUUGUUUGGCUGUACUUCUUGUGUGUGAAAAUGCCUGCAAGUAAUAGCUUUUGGUCCAAUGCGGAGCUUCAAACGUUCCUCACCAUCAUCGGAGAUAGCAACAUUCAGGCCGAGCUGGAUGGGAUGAUAAGAAAUGAGAAAGUCUUCAAAGAAGUUUCUCAGCGCAUGGCAGCUGAAGGAUUCCAGCGCACCUCCGAGCAGUGUCGUGCUAAGCUGAAAAAAAUAAAAGCCCACUACAGAAAAGUUAAGGACAGCAACGGCCGUAGUGGGAAUGGGCGAAGUACAUGGAAGUGGUACGAUGUGGUGGACGCUAUUUAUGGACACAGACCGUCAAACCGAGGCAGCGAAGGAGGCCUGGACUCAGCGACCAGUAUCCUGGAGUCACUCAUAAACCCUGUUGACACAUCUGAAGCGGAAAACACUCCCUCUUCAGAGGAACCAUCCACUUCCUCAAGUAGCACUCCAGGACCUUCUGUGCCACCAUCACCUCUGUCCGUACCUUCUGUGACACCAUCGCCUCGGCCAGUUCCAUCGCCACCACCAUCACCUCUGUCCACUACCACUCGAGAGGAACAUCUACCAUGUCGUCGACGCACAGGUGACCGAAGACGGCGAUUGGAAGCACGGACACAGGUGAUAUUUGAUGAGUUGCAGAUCGCAGAUGGCAGGCAGAUGGACAGAAUGGAAGGCAUAAGCCGGGAGCAGGUUAACUGGAUGCAACAAGACGCAGCAGCAUCAAGACAACAUGAAUUACAGAUCGCAGAGCGAUAUUUUGAACAUUUGGGUGCCCUAAAUGCUGUUCUUGGACUGGUCGCACAAAGAAUGGGCAGCUCCUCUGACUUCCUGCCACCACCCAGGCAGUAAGGUGCUAUGUAUUUGUCCCGUAAUUUUUUUUAUCCGUCUGUCCUUUUUAUC